CGGUUCCCGGUGCCGGUUCCCCCCGGUUCCCGGUGCCGCUCUGACAUCAGCGCCGGGCGGGGCGGGGCGGGGCGGCCGCAACCGGGGAAGAAAAGCGGCGAAGCGGGGUCGGGCCGUGCCGGUGCCGGUGCCGGUUACCGGGGCGCAGCGGGCGCGGGGCUCGGGGAGCGCGGCCGCCAUGGGCCGGGCCGGGCGCUGAGGCCCCCCCCCCCCCCCCCGGUACCGAGCCCCCUCCCCCGGGGGCAGCGGGGCGGCGAGCGGGCGGUACCGGCGGGCCGGGCGCUGACGGCAGCCGCCGGGAUUCGGGGACCGUCGCACGGGAGGCCCCUUCGGGAAACCGCCGGGACCUACCGGGAGCGCCGCCCCCCGGGCAGAGCUGCCCCCGCCCCGCCGCGCCCCGUCCCCGGAGCCGAGCCGAGCCCCGGGGCCGCCUCGUCCUUUGUGUGCGCCGCGACCGGGCCGGCACCGGGCACCGGGCACCGGCAGCCGCAACCGGCAGCCGAGCCCGGGCGGUGGGAGCGGCUCCGGCAGCGCUACCGGGAGCCGCACCGAGCACCGGGAGCGGCCCCGGGGCCCGGCCCCCCCCCCCGGCGGCCCCAUGAAGGAGCCCGACGCCAUCAAACUCUUCGUGGGGCAGAUCCCGCGGCACCUGGAGGAGAAGGACCUGAAACCGAUCUUCGAGCAGUUCGGGAAGAUCUACGAGCUCACCGUCAUCAAGGACAAGUACACCGGCAUGCACAAAGGAUGCGCCUUCCUGACCUACUGCGCCCGCGAGUCGGCCCUGAAGGCGCAGAGCGCCCUGCACGAGCAGAAAACCCUCCCGGGGAUGAACCGGCCCAUCCAGGUGAAGCCGGCGGACAGUGAGAGCCGAGGAGAGGACCGCAAGCUCUUCGUGGGGAUGCUGAGCAAGCAGCAGGCGGACGAGGACGUGCGCAAGAUGUUCGAGCCCUUCGGCACCAUCGACGAGUGCACGGUGCUGCGCGGCCCCGAUGGCACCAGCAAAGGCUGCGCCUUCGUCAAGUUCCAGAGCCACGCGGAGGCCCAGGCCGCCAUCGCCGCCCUCCACGGGAGCCGCACCUUGCCGGGUGCCUCCUCCAGCCUGGUGGUGAAGUUCGCGGACACGGAGAAGGAGCGGGGCCUGCGGCGGAUGCAGCAGGUCGCCAGCCAGCUGGGCAUGUUCAGCCCCAUCGCCCUCCAGUUCGGGGCCUACAGCGCCUACACGCAGGCGCUGAUGCAGCAGCAGGCGGCCCUGGUGGCCGCCCACUCGGCCUACCUCAGCCCCAUGGCCACCAUGGCCGUCCAGAUGCAGCACAUGGGCACGGUCAACCCCAACGGGCUCAUCGCCACCCCCCUGCCCCCCUCCUCAGGAACCAGCACGCCGCCGGCCAUGGCCGCCACGCCGGUGCCCGCCAUCGCGGCCCCGCUCAGCGUCAACGGCUACAGCCCGGUGCCGGCGCAGCCCGCGGGACCCCCCGCCCCCGAGGCCGUCUACGCUGGCGGGGUCCCCCCCUUCCCAGCCCAGAGCCCCGCCGCCCCCGGGGACCCCCUGCAGCAAGCCUACGCCGGCAUGCAGCACUACACAGCCGCCUACCCGGCAGCCUACGGGCUGGUGAGCCCGGCCUUCGCCCCCCCGGGGCCCCUGCUCGCCCCCCCGCCCCCCCCGCAGCAGCAGCAGCGCGAAGGCCCCGAGGGCUGUAACAUCUUCAUCUACCACCUGCCCCAGGAGUUCGCCGACACCGAGAUCCUCCAGAUGUUCCUGCCCUUCGGCAACGUCAUCUCCGCCAAGGUCUUCGUGGACCGCGCCACCAACCAGAGCAAGUGCUUCGGCUUCGUGAGCUUUGACAACCCGGCCAGCGCGCAGGCGGCCAUCCAGGCCAUGAACGGCUUCCAGAUCGGGAUGAAGCGCCUCAAGGUGCAGCUCAAGAGGCCCAAAGACGCCAACCGGCCGUACUGAGCCCG